UGAUGUUUAUCUGUGGAAUGUAAAUUUUAUGGUUUAUGUUAAAUUCUGUUCUUUCCGUGGAAAGAAAUAUAUUUUAUAAUUUUUGUAAAUCGUAAAAUUAAAGUGAAAAAUCAUUAUGUAUUAAAUAAGUCAAAUUAGCCAUGUUGUGGCUGUCGUCUGUGAAUCACAAAAUUAUAGUUUUAUCGAAGACUGCUUGAUUUCUUUCCAGUUUUGAAGAGAAAAACUAUUAUAUUUAAGUCGUUCCUAGUUAUUUUUGAAUGUGAUAUAAUUAAAAUAAGUUGUCAAUAUGGCUGAUGAUUUAAGAAAUUACAAAUUACAACUGCAGCAGGUCGAGGCAGCGUUGCUGACGGAUCCUCAAAAUGAAGAAUUGUUAAAGCUAAAAGGAGAUUUGGAAGAAGUAAUUGAAUUGACACGCGAUCUAAUAAAAACUCAAGAGGGUGAAUCCAAAGGUCAUAAUAUUCAUAGUUCUAGUAAUGAUGAUGAUGUUGCAGCUUCCCUGCUGGCUGCUGGUGUUGGAGUAGUAGGAGAUAAGACAAUACCAAGGUGGCAUGUAGGCGAGAGAUGUUUAGCCAAGUGGAAAACAGACGGCAUGUUUUAUGAAGCAACUGUAGAGGAAAUAGAAGAUAAUAUCCUCAAAGUUAAGUUUGAUGGGUAUUCAACAUUAGAACCUAUAUCAGUCUUGGAUGCAAAGCCUUUGGGCUCGGGAACAAAACGCCCAUCGAGUGGGGAUGAAAGCAAACCUGGGAAGGGAUAUAAUAGAGAAUAUUUAAAAAAGAAGAAACAAAAGAAACAGCAGAGAUUUAAGCAAAUUGAAGAAGAAAGAGAAACUGAAAAAAACAAAUGGCUCACAUUUCAUUCAAAAGCAUCAAAGAAGACAGGCGUUCGAACAAAGAGUAUUUUUGCAUCUCCAGACAAUUUAACUGGUAGGGUUGGAAUCGGGACAUGCGGCAUAUCUGGCAAACCAAUGACUGAAUACACUCCAGGAGAAAAGUGGAAGAAAGGUGGAUAGGAUAGGAUAUUGUGUUAGUGUAAUGUUAGGAUAAUAUAGUUUUACUACUGUAACUAAAUAAUAUUACUCAAUAGAUCUUUUGUAAUAAGCAAUAA